AUGGAGGCGCUCUUCGAUGAGCGCUCCAACGACUACUUCUCCAUCGAUGCCGAGACGGGCAGCGUUGUCACUGCGCGCAGCCUCGACCGGGAGACGAAGGACACCCAUGUGCUGAAGGUGACCGCCUCUGACCAUGGCUCCCCGCGCCGCCGCUCGGCCACCACCUAUCUGACGGUGACGGUGAGCGACACUAACGACCACGAGCCAGUGUUUGAGCAGCCCGAGUACCGGGAGAGCAUCCGGGAGAACCUGGAGGUGGGUUAUGAGGUGCUGACCAUCCGCGCCACCGAUGGUGAUGCCCCAGCCAAUGCCAACAUGCUUUAUCGCCUGCUGGAGCCGGGAGCUGGCGAUGGGGUCUUUGAGAUCGACCCGCGCUCUGGAGUUGUGAGGACCCGAGCCCCGGUUGACCGUGAGGAGGUCUCCGAGUACCACCUGGUGGUGGAAGCCAAUGACCAGGGCAAGGAUCCAGGACCACGGAGCGCCACAGCUAUGGUGCACAUCACUGUAGAGGAUGAGAAUGACAACUACCCUCAGUUCAGCGAGAAACGCUACCUGGUCCAGGUGCCAGAGGAUGCCCCGGUGAACAGCCAGAUUCUGCAGGUGCAGGCCACAGAUCGGGACCGGGGCAGCAAUGCUCAGGUGCACUACAGCAUUGUGAGCGGCAACCUGAAAGGCCAGUUCUACAUCCACUCUUUCUCCGGUGCCAUUGACCUGAUCAACCCUCUGGAUUAUGAGACUAUUCGGGAGUACACACUCCGGAUCAAAGCCCAGGAUGGGGGCAGGCCUCCCUUGAUCAACUCUAGUGGCAUGGUGUCGGUGCAGGUCGUGGACGUGAAUGACAAUGCCCCCAUCUUUGUGAGCACUCCCUUCCAGGCCACGGUGCUGGAGAAUGUUCCUCUGGGCUACUCAGUGCUGCACAUCCAGGCUGUGGACGCUGACUCUGGGGAGAACGCCCGCCUGGAGUACAAACUCAUAGAGAUGGCACCCUCUGCCGGAGGUGCCCCUGUAGCAGGUGACUCUGGGUUCCCUUUUCAGAUCAACAACAGCACGGGGUGGAUCACGGUGGCUGCAGAGCUGGACCGAGAGACUGUGGAGAACUAUCACUUUGGGGUGGAAGCCAGGGACCAUGGUGUGCCAGUCAUGACCUCCUCAGCCAGUGUGUCCAUCACUGUCCUGGAUGUGAACGACAACAACCCCACCUUCACGGAGAAGGUCUAUCACCUCAGACUGAACGAGGACGCAGCUGUGGGCAGCAGUGUCCUGACCCUAACAGCAGUGGACAGGGACGUUAACAGCGUUGUGACUUACCAGAUCACCAGUGGCAACACCAGGAACCGUUUUGCCAUCACCAGUCAGAGUGGAGGGGGGCUGAUCACGCUGGCCUUGCCCCUGGAUUACAAGCAGGAAAGGCAGUAUGUGCUGACAGUCACUGCCUCUGAUGGCACUCGCUUUGACACCGUCCAGGUCUUCAUCAAUGUCACAGAUGCCAACACACACCGCCCAGUCUUCCAGAGCUCCCACUACACAGUGAGUGUCAGUGAGGACAAGCCCAUCGGCACGUCUAUUGUCACCAUCAGUGCCACUGAUGAAGACACGGGAGAGAAUGCGAGAAUCACUUACAUUUUGGAUGAUAACAUCCCCCAGUUCCGCAUUGACCCUGACACAGGCACCAUCACCACCCUGAUGGAACUGGACUACGAGGACCAGGCUUCCUACACAUUGGCCAUUACGGCCCAUGACAAUGGCAUCCCUCAGAAAUCAGACACCACAUAUGUUGAGAUCCUCAUCCUGGAUGCCAAUGACAAUGCGCCCCGCUUCCUGCGUGACCGCUACCAGGGCUCGGUUUUCGAGGAUGUGCCGCUCUCCACUAGCGUCCUGCAGCUAUCUGCCACUGACCGCGACUCAGGCCUCAAUGGCCGUCUCCUCUACACGUUCCAAGGCGGUGACGAUGGAGAUGGAGACUUCUACAUCGAACCCACUUCUGGAGUGAUACGCACACUGCGCAAGCUGGACCGCGAGAACGUUGCUGUCUACAGCCUGCGGGCCUUUGCAGUGGACAGGGGCAGCCCACCGCUGAAAGCCUCUGUGGAUAUCCAAGUGACUGUGCUGGACAUCAAUGACAACCCCCCAGUCUUUGAGAAGGAUGAAUUUGACAUCUUUGUGGAGGAGAACAGCCCUGUGGGCUCUAUUGUGGCACGGAUCAGUGCAGCUGACCCUGACGAGGGGACCAACGCACAGAUCAUGUACCAGAUUGUAGAGGGGAACAUCCCCGAGGUCUUCCAACUAGACUUGCUCAACGGAGACCUCACUGCCCUCAUGGACCUGGAUUACGAGAGCCGGACAGAGUAUGUGAUCGUGGUGCAGGCCACUUCGGCCCCUCUUGUGAGUCGGGCAACAGUGCACAUCCGCCUCCUGGACCAGAACGAUAACCCACCUGUGCUGCAGGACUUCCAGAUCCUCUUCAAUAACUAUGUGACCAACAAGUCUAACAGCUUCCCCUCCGGCGUGAUAGGCAAGAUCCCGGCUCAUGACCCCGAUGUGUCGGACAGCCUGGCCUACACCUUUGUGCAAGGCAAUGAAUUAAACUUGCUUCUUUUGGACUCUGCCACUGGGGAACUCAAACUGAGUCGCGAUCUGGACAACAACAGACCCCUGGAAGCCCUCAUGAAAGUGUCGGUCUCAGAUGGUGUCCACAGUGUCACGGCAGUCUGCACCCUGCGUGUCACCAUCAUCACGGACGACAUGCUCACCAACAGUAUCACGGUGCGGCUGGAGAACAUGUCCCAGGAGAGGUUCCUUUCUCCCCUCCUGUCCCUGUUCGUGGAGGGGGUCGCGACAGUGCUCUCCACUGCCAAGGACGGCAUCUUCGUUUUCAACAUCCAAAAUGACACGGACGUCAGCUCCAACAUCCUGAACGUGACCUUUUCAGCUUUGCUCCCCGGUGGCAUUCGAAACAAGUUCUUCCCCUCCGAGGACCUGCAGGAGCAGAUCUACCUCAAUAGGACCCUGCUGACCAUGAUUUCCACACAGAGGGUGCUGCCCUUCGAUGACAACAUCUGUUUGCGCGAGCCCUGUGAGAACUACAUGAAGUGUGUCUCCGUCCUGAAGUUCGACAGCUCAGCGCCAUUCAUCAGCUCCAACACUGUCCUGUUCCGCCCCAUCCACCCCAUCAAUGGGCUGCGGUGCCGAUGUCCCCCAGGCUUCACGGGUGACUACUGCGAGACAGAGAUUGACCUCUGCUAUUCCAACCCCUGUGGGAGCAACGGACUGUGCCGGAGCCGAGAAGGGGGCUACACUUGUGAAUGCUACGAGGACUACACUGGAGAGUACUGUGAGGUGAAUGCACGCUCCGGACGCUGUGCUCCAGGGGUGUGUAAGAACGGAGGAACCUGCGUGAACCUGCUGAUUGGGGGCUUCAAGUGCGAGUGUCCCCCGGGCGAAUACGAGCGGCCGUACUGCGAGAUGACCACCAGGAGCUUCCCACCACAGUCCUUCAUCACCUUCAAGGGGCUGCGGCAGCGCUUCCACUUCACCGUCUCCCUCAUGUUUGCAACCAGGGAGAGGAACGCUCUCCUCCUCUACAACGGGCGUUUUAACGAGAAGCACGACUUCAUUGCCUUGGAGAUCAUUGAGGAGCAGAUCCAGCUCACGUUCUCUGCAGGGGAGACAACCACUACGGUGGCACCAUUCAUUCCAGGAGGGGUCAGUGAUGGGCAGUGGCACUCGGUUCAGGUGCAGUACUACAAUAAGCCCAACAUUGGGCGAUUAGGAAUUCCUCAUGGGCCUUCAGGAGAGAAGGUGGCUGUGGUGACUGUGGAUGACUGUGACACAGCAGUGGCUGUGCGCUUCGGGAGCCUCAUUGGAAACUACACCUGUGCUGCCCAGGGGACUCAGACCGGCUCAAAGAAAUCUUUGGACCUAACUGGCCCUCUCCUCCUUGGUGGUGUCCCAAACUUGCCUGAAGAUUUCCCGGUGCACAACAGACAGUUUAUCGGCUGCAUGAGGAACCUCUCUAUCGACAGCAAGCCAAUCGACAUGGCUAGUUUCAUCGCCAAUAAUGGCACCCUGCCAGGCUGUGCAGCACAGAGGAACUACUGCGAAACCAGCUGGUGCCAGAAUGGAGGCACGUGCGUCAACAAGUGGAACACUUACAUCUGCGAGUGCCCCGUACGCUAUGGAGGGAAAAACUGUGAGCAAGCAAUGCCUUCUCCUCAGCGUUUCAGUGGUGAAAGCAUUAUCAUUUGGAGUGACCUUGACAUUACCAUCUCUGUGCCAUGGUACAUUGGGCUGAUGUUCAGAACCCGGAAAGUCAAUGGCAUGUUAAUGCAAGCCAAUGCUGGGGCUGCAUCCAAGAUCAACAUUCAGAUACUGAACAACUACGUGCAGUUUGAAGUAUACAGUGGCCUGAGCCAGGUUGCUAGUUUGAAGAUGAGCCAGUCACGAGUCAGUGAUGGGGAAUGGCAUCAUUUAUUAAUAGAGCUGAAGAGUGCUAAAGAUGGUAAAGACAUCAAGUACCUCGCUGUCAUGUCCUUGGACUAUGGGAUGUACCAGAGCACUGUGCAAAUUGGAAAUCAACUCCCUGGACUGAAAAUGAAAAGCAUCAUUGUGGGCGGUGGAGUAAGAAUGGGAGAGACAUCUACAAAUAUAGCUACACUCAACAUGAAACAGGCUAUCAAGAUCAACGUGAAGGAGGGUUGCGAAGUGGAUAACCCCUGUGAUUCCAACCCGUGUCCCCAGCACAGCUACUGCAGUGAUGACUGGGACAGCUACUCCUGUGUCUGCGACCCAGGGUACUUUGGGAGAGACUGUGUUGAUGUAUGUAACUUGAACCCAUGUGAGCAUGUCUCCACGUGCGUGCACAAACCUAGCUCAUCCCACGGCUACACCUGCGAAUGUGGACAAAGCUACUAUGGACAGUACUGUGAGAGCAAGAUUGACCUGCCUUGUCCCAGAGGCUGGUGGGGAAAUCCCAUCUGUGGUCCAUGUAAUUGUGAGACUAGCAAAGGGUUUGAUUCUGAUUGCAAUAAGACCAAUGGAGAAUGCCACUGUAAGGCAAAUUACUACAGGCCCCAGAGCAGUGACACCUGCUACCCCUGCGACUGCUUCCCAUCUGGCUCCCACACGCGCGCCUGCGAUAUGGAGACGGGACAGUGCCCUUGCAAACCUGGUGUCAUCGGGCGGCAGUGCAACCGCUGCGACAACCCAUUUGCUGAAGUUACUGUGAAGGGCUGUGAAGUAAUUUAUAAUGGCUGUCCCAAAGCUUUCGAGGCUGGUAUUUGGUGGCCACAGACCAAGUUUGGACAGCCAGCUGCUGUGCCAUGUCCUAAGGGAUCAGUGGGAAAUGCGGUUCGCCAUUGUAACAUUGAAAAGGGCUGGCUGCCUCCUGAGCUUUUCAACUGCACCACCAACACUUUUGUGGAUCUAAAAAUCAUGAAUGAGAAGUUACACCACAAUGAGACGAAAUUGGAUGGAGACAAAACCAUACGGAUUGUGAGAGUGCUGCAGAAUGCCACAAAAUACACACAGAGUUUGUAUGGCAACGAUGUGAGGACAGCGUACCAGAUGAUGAUCCGAGUACUCCAGUAUGAGAGCCAGCAGCAAGGGUUUGACUUGGCAGCCACAAGGGACGUGGAAUUCAAUGAAAAUAUUAUCAAAGUGGGUAGUGCUUUACUGGACCCCAGCAAUAAGGAGCACUGGGAGCAAAUUCAGCGAACGGAGGGUGGCACUGCUCACUUGCUCAGGCACUAUGAGGAAUAUUUCAACAAUGUGGCCCAGAACAUGAAGAAAACCUACAUGAGACCUUUUGUCAUUGUUGCCGCUAACAUGAUUAUUGCUGUUGACAUCUUUGACAAGUCUAAUUUCACGGGAGCUAGAAUACCACGAUUUCAUGAGAUUAAAGAAGAUUAUCCAAAAGAUCUGGAGUCAUCUGUUGUCUUCCCUGAUACUUUGUUCAGACCUUCAGACAGGAAAGCAGUGCCUACAAUGAAGCCUUCAAAUCAAAAAUUAUCCUCUAAGGUGAACACUGAUGCACUAAGCUCUGAGAGUGCUUUUGCAAAGAGAAAGAAGCGACACCCAGAUGACUCAACACAUCAUACUGUUGCCAUGGUCAUUAUAUACCGAUCCCUGGGACACCUCCUGCCUGAAAACUACGAUCCUGACCGAAGGAGCUUGAGAUUGCCAAAUCGCCCUAUAAUUAACACACCUGUAGUGAGCACAGCCAUUCACAGUGAUGGGGACCUUCCUCCCAACCUGGUGGAAAAGCCCAUCAUAGUGGAGUAUGCCAUGCUGGAAACAGAGGAGAGAACGAAGCCCGUCUGUGUCUUCUGGAAUCACUCCAUCAUGAUUGGCGGGACAGUUGCCUGGUCCUCCAGAUGAUGUGAGCUGUUUUCCAGAAACCAGAGCCAUAUCGCUUGCCAGUGCAACCAUAUAACCAGCUUUGCCGUCCUGAUGGACAUUUCAAAACGAGAGAACGGGGAGGUGCUUCCUCUGAAGAUUGUCACUUACACAACCGUAUCCAUCUCGCUGGUGGCUUUGCUGAUCACCUUCAUACUGCUGGUCCUGAUCCGCACGCUACGAUCCAACUUGCAUAGUAUCCACAAAAACCUGGUGGCCGCCCUUUUCUUCUCUGAGCUCGUCUUUCUUAUUGGAAUCAACCAGACUGAAAACCCGUUUGUGUGUACCGUGAUUGCCAUCCUCCUGCAUUAUUUCUACAUGAGCACCUUUGCAUGGAUGUUCGUGGAGCAGCUCCACAUCUACCGGAUGCUGACUGAAGUGAGGAACAUCAACUUUGGGCACAUGCGAUAUGAACACACGGUCUCUUGGGGAGAUGGCAGCAUCAUUUCUGGACUUGCUGUUGGUCUGGAUCCACAAGGCUAUGGGAACCCUGAUUUCUGCUGGUUGUCUGUUCAUGACACCCUUAUCUGGAGUUUUGCUGGGCCCAUCGUAAUCGUUGUAGUUAUAAACACUGUCAUCUUUAUACUGGCAAUGAAAGCAUCGUGCAGACGAAGGCAACGUUCAUUUGAAAAAACUGGAGUUGUCUCUGUGCUGCGUACGGCGUUCCUGCUCUUGCUGCUCAUCAGUGCCACGUGGCUGCUGGGGCUGAUGGCGGUGAACAGCGAUGUCAUGACGUUUCACUAUCUCUUUGCCAUUUUCAGCUGCCUGCAGGGGCUGUUCAUUUUCUUCUUCCACUGCGUAUUUAACAAAGAAGUCAGGAAGCACUUGAAGAACACUUUAACUGGAAAAAAACCUCUUCCGGAUGAUUCCACUGCAACAAGAGCUACAUUAUUAACUCGAUCUCUGAACUGUAACAACACAUAUAUAGAAGAGCCAAAUAUGUAUCGCACAACUAUUGGGGAAUCCACUGUCUCCCUAGAAAGCACCGUCAGGGAUGAGGCUGCUCAUAAGCUCAGUGGAUCCUCAAGUCAAGCAAGGGCUGGUCAGACUGAAGCAGAUUCCUCCAUUUUUCAUAGGAAUCCAUCAAAAUCCAAUGAGCACGAUUCAGACUCCGACAGCGAACUGUCCCUUGAUGAACACAGCAGCUCUUACGCCUCCUCCCAUUCAUCGGACAGCGAGGAAGAUGGGCUCGAGCCGGAGAAAAAGUGGAACACAUCCACUUCCAAAAAUAAUGAACGUGGCCCACUCCACAGCACACCCAAAGUUGAUACCCUUCCCAAUCAUGUGAAACCCUAUUGGCCCACAGAGUACGUAAUGGCCAGCGACAGUGAGGACCCCAGCGGGAAGCAGAAACUCAAAGUCGAGACCAAGGUCAACGUAGAGCUUCACAGGGAAAACCAGGUGAACCACAGCAACGAAGCACCCCAGGACAAGGAAAACGAAGGGCAGCAGAAGGAGAACAGACCUCUGUCCUACCAGAAUAACCAGCAGCCGGAGCAGAGGAAAGGCAUCUUAAAAAAUAAAGUCACCUACCCUCCUCCACUGGUGGACAAGAAUAUGAAGAAUCGACUGCGGGAAAAGCUAUCAGAUUACAAUCAGACCACGAUCUCAUCCAGGACUACUUCCCUGGGGACAAAUGAUGGGGUCCGCUCUCCCUCAGACUCGGGGGUGACAGUAAAAAAUGCUCGGAGAGAGCAGUCUCGAGACCAGCUCAAUGGCAUGGCCAUGAACCUCCAUGUGGGAACAGGACAUGCUGACACCUCAGACUCAGAAGGCAGUAACGAAACUUCGAUUUGAACCAUCAGGAAACUGUGA